CGCGCGCGCGUUACUCCUCUUGGUUCCCCUCACUGAAGAAUAAUGAUCGGCUCGGCUGUUGAUUUGACAGUGCUGAAAGUGAUUAUUGCUGUGCUUUUCAUUUUUUUCAGCUGCGAUAGCGCGUCUGGCAGGAAAUGCGUGUGCACGAGCAAAGCUUGCAAAGAGAGCGGCGCCAAGACUUGCAGGACACGUUUCUCCUGUUACACCGAGUUGAUAUACAGUGCCGAGGCUACGGUAGCGGCAGCAUCUGGCAGCACGGCAAUCAAGACCACUCGCGGAUGCACCGAGGGAGCUACGCCAUUACUGUGCGAAACGAAAACCUGGCGUGGUGCGAGUGACGAGCAAUACGGCAGCAAUUCCAAUUCACUGGAGCAAGUAGGUAGAGCAGCGUGGCCACGGCUUACCUGCUGUGACGAUCGUGACUAUUGCAACGCUGCCGAUGAAGACUUCGAGACGACCUCCGCGCAGCCGCAAGAUCGCCAAUCGAGCCACGAGAGCACGUCUGAAUUCCCAACCAAUCGUGGCCACGAUUACCCUCCUAGAUCAUUGCUGCCGAAUGAUAAUACCAGGUCCCAGCACGUGCAGACUCUACACGUGGCUGCUUUGGUUUUGGCGAUCGCUGCCUUGAUAUCAGUUUUCGCCGCCUGCUACGUUGUCACCAGAUUCCUAAACGUCAGCGGCGCCAGCAGCGGCUUACCCAGGAUACUCAACCCUUACGCCAGCAGCGGCAUGAGCGUCUGAGAGAAACCGGAUUUCGCCUUGACGACGACGAGGACGUGCGAGGAGCACGCACCACGCGAACGGACAAAUGGCUGGU